AUGGAAGCACAAGGAGCACUAAGAGUAGCCAGAGGGAAAGAGAUCGUACUGUAUGUACAGGACAGUCAGAAACACACCUCUCAGAGCCUCAGAGGGCUUCAGUCUUUAGUGAAACCUGAAGCUUAUUCUCCUCUUGCAUUGCUAGGCACCUGGGUGAACGAGGUCCGCCUCCAGCCCGGCAUCCAAUGGGAGCUCUCAGAUGGGGACACGCUGACCUUCGGGGGCCAGUCGACUCCAGGGAGCCCCGAGUUCUACUUCCUCUUUCAGAAGGUCAAAGUUCGUCCGCUAGACUUCGAUGCCAUCACGAUUCCAAAGGCUGGCACCUUCUCCUCCGACCUUCAGAACCGGAUCAGAACCAACCAGGAGCGUAAAGCCGCCGCCAACCUGGACCUGUCCAAGCUGUCCAUCAACCGCUCCACCGUCAUCCUCAACUCCAUCGGCAGUCUGAGCAAGAUGAAGGGCAGUGCCUGGACCUUCAAGAGGAGCCACAGCAACGAGGGCACCGCCUCGGACCCCGGCUCCUCCUACUCCCCCCCCCUGGAGGUGGGCAUGUCCUCUCUGCUCCCGCCCUCCACGCCUCCAUCCUUCUCAGCUGCUUCAGUGCCCUCAUCAAAGUCCCAGCAGCCGACCUCCAGGAGCCGCAGGAAGUCGGCCCACACCGUGCUGCUGGAGGAUGACAGCUCCGACGAGCCCAGGUGUCGAGGAGCUCCAUCAGGAUCUGUGGAGGACGGACAGAGGUCGAGGGCGAAGAAGCGGCGGCGGCUCUACAAGUCUGAGUCGGAGACUUUCAACCCCCCCCCUCUGCAGCUGCCGCCCCAGACCCACACCGACAUCCGGCGCCCCCUGGAGGCCAAGCCCUUCCCCGCCGGCAUCAGGACCAUCGGCAGUUUCCACGGCGCCAUGACCAACAGCCGUCUGAACCAGAACCUCCUCCAGGCGUCCUUCUCCAGCCCCGCCUCCCACAAACAGGAAGUGCAGGCGGUGCAGCGCGUCCAGACGGUAACCCACGGCAGCAUCGCAGCGUUCCGCCAGCAGAAGUCUGCUCACUGCGCCCCCGCACCGCAGAGGGGCCGGCGGAGGUCCCUCUGCUCCCCCGUGUUCUCCCCCCUGGUGGUGGGAGGAGAGAAGUACAGCCUGGCCUCCCCCUCAGUGAGGAUCUGCACCGAGGAGAGAGGCAGGGUGCAGUUCAACAGGUUCCACCACCCAGCAAGUAAGCGACGGGGCCGGCCCAGAAAGAACCCGCUCCCCCCCCAGCCUUCCCUCCCCUCUCCCUCCUCCUCGUCCUCCUCUUCCACCUCCUCGGCCUCCUCCUCCUCGGGCUCCUCCUCUUCCUCCUCCGAUGAGGACGACGAUGACGAGGAGGAAGAGGAGGAGACUACAAGCAGCGCGGUGGAGCCGUGCGCGGCCCCCCGCUGCCGCCUCCCUCAGCAGGACACGGUGCAGUGGAUCCAGUGUGACGUGUGUGACGCCUGGUUCCACAUAGACUGUCUGCACGUGGACCGCAAGAAGCUGCUGAAGGACCCCAACGCUGACUUCCACUGCGGCUGUCGCUGAGGGGGGGGGGCACUGGUGGUGUAAAAUAAAAGGCCCCAGUUAGACUUUCCACAUUUACCCCAUUUAAAUCUGUAUUUCCUUUAGCCACACCUGUGGAAAUCCUUUUAUUGAGGAUGCUAAUGGCAGGAAAAAGUCCCUGAUUACUCCAGCCUGAUGUCCCAAGUUUGAGCGUUUCUAAAGGUCCGACGGCAGCUCCAUGAACCUGCUGUCUGCUCAGUUUCAGGGCUCAGGCUUUGGAGAACAAAGUGUGAUGAAAUGUCUCAGGCGGGAUUUCAUUACAGCUUUGACUGCCUGGAGAGGUGCGGUCAGGGCGGGAAACAUGAUGAAAUGUUUCUGAGCAGCGUGGCUGUCGCUGAUCAGAGGCUAGGGAGGCUGAUGGAAUGUUUCAUGUCCACACACAUUCAACUUUAUCGGAUGUCUGCCGCCUUCACUGUUUUAGCGGCGAUUGUUCAGGGCAGAAAGGACCUUCAGUGGACAUUUACGGAAAGAAACCUUCACACCCAUUGGGCUGUUUCCCCGCCCCCCACAGUCGUGAUGAUAAACUCUACGAGAUGUCUGGAGUGCAGCUGUCUUGGAAUCAGCGUACGUUGUUUCAGGACAAUUCAAAGGCAGGAAGUGCGUCAGCAGACUUCCAUUGUGGCUGCUGAUGAGAGGCGCUUGAGGGAGGAUAAUCAAAUGUUUGAAGGCAGGAGUGUGUGUGUGUGUGUGUGUGUGUGUGUGUGUGUGUGUGUGUGUGUGUGUGUGUGUGUGUGUGUGUGUGUGUGUGUGUGUGUGUGUGUGUGUGUGUGUGUGUGUGUGCUGUUGCUAUGGGACGUCAGGCUGACAGUGUGGCUGCUACUUUGGGAGCACUCGUUACCACGGAAAUGUCAUGAAAUAGCAUCCUCUGAUUUUACAGAACAAACAGAUUCAGAAAUGAUCUUCAGUGAUGUGUCUCCGCACACUGCUGAACUCUUAGUGGACACGUUCCUCCUGACUGAACUGUAACUGCACACAUAUCUGCCGCUUGAGUUGGAAUGAAAUAAAAAAAACUCUCUAAAGCACCUUUUCUAUUAUUUAAAUCUGAUUGACAUGGACAAAAACUGUCCUUUUUUUUUAAAACGGCAACGUUUACCACCUUUUCAUGUAAUAGACUCAGUUCAGAUAAUGCUAGUGUUUAUAAAGAUCAUUCUGGGCUGAUGCUGUGUAAAUAAGCGUUUAUUUUUUGAUCUGUUCAAGGAAGAGGAAAUGUAGAUUCUUGAGCAAUAAAAUAAGAAGAAAAAACUUUAAGAUAUGUAUUUUUUGGAAAAAUUGUAAUAAAUUAGACCAAUGAUUGGUUACAGUUGAUUUGAAUGUUGUUUCUGUGCAGCGUUUUGAAUGCCACUAGCUGGCACAACGCUGUCACAAAAUAAGCAGGAAGUUGACAAAAAUCACUGGUUUGGGAUCAGUUUCUUACAAGUGAGACUCAACAAAGUGUUCUUUGAGAUCCAUAAUCCUGUGUGUUUAUGGACUUCUGAUAAGUGCACUUUCAUAACAUUACAAUGAAAAUAACCAACAUGUAUUUUGUAUUCUGAGGAAACACCACUUCAUUGCAGUACUACAAUAUCAACUAUAUAGAUGUUAACAAAGAAGCCUAAUAUCAUACAGUGUUUGUUUUUGAUGUAAAAGGAAAACCAAAUAGUCAGGUUUUCUCUGUUCAUUGUGUUUUGGUUUUGUAUGUCUCAUCACAUGUUGCAUAUUCUUUUUGUCUCUUGAGCUUUUUAAGAUAUUUAAAUGUGUUUUCUAUGUCUUCCUCAUGUCAACCAUCAUCCUCACAUUGUCUCCAGCUUCACGUGAAAGUCUUAAUGAAGGAUGUAUUCCCAAGCUGCAUUUACACGUGAACUGUCGCUGAGAGUGCUACUUUUUUAAUUGGGAGAAUUGACAGUGUGACAACAAUGGAACGGAGAAAAGGAAAAGCCAUAUUACGUGCAAAUGACUCGGAUGGUUGUAAUUAGAAAUGCAAUGACAAAGAAGCAUCUCUCACUCCCAUUUGUUUACAUCAAGUUCUGUCAGAAAUACAUUUGAGGCACUAGAGAUGGACAACUUUCUAUUAAACCUGUAGGAAAAAUAUAUUCAUUUAAUAAGCAGAAAUCUGACCUACAGUUUAUAACUUACUUCAAUUUAAAGAAAUUAUUUGGUUACAAGCAAUGCAUUACAAAAAAGGUAAAGUAAUUAAAUAACAAUCCACAAAUAAAAAUAGAGUAAAAGGAAGUAUUUCUGUUUUUAAAUCAUUGUAUAUUUUUGUUUCUUAAAAACAAGCAACUUUAAAAUAGCACUUCUGGCUGCUCAUGGGCUUCGUCAUUCGUCAUCAGUUGACAAAUCAUCUUUGUAUAUUGACAACCACAUUACUAACAGCUCUUUGCAAAUCUGAAAUAUGUCUCAUUUACAUUGCCUCAAAGACAUUCAACUGAUCGAUUACAUCCAGUUUGCGAUCAUAACACUGUUGAAUGUUUCGUGUGCCAUCGGCAUAUUGGAGCCUUAACAUGAAUCAUUAUUGUGUUUACUGUACAAACUCCUUGAUACCGGACUCUUAAGGUGGAAGCUUGUGUUUGUUUCUUAAGUCUCGUCAUGUUUGAUCUCCUUUUCUCAGUUUAAUACUGAAACAUCACUGGACUCUUCUUUUACGUUCUCACUCUAACCGUCACAUUUGAAAGCAGAAACACUCCGAUGUUUUGCGGGGUUGUACAGAAUUGUCAUUUCCCUCUGAGAUGCCAUCAGCAUCA